UCUUUUUGGUGUCUGUGUCUCGUAAUAUAUGUGAACCAAACGGAGCCUAAUUGCGGAAGAUCACCGGCAGCCCAACGCUAUCUCCUCUCUCAAACUCUCUCUCAGUUUCUCCCACGAGCUCAAGCUCUCGUCAGCUCGUCUCAUCUCCGGUCUCUCACCUCUCGUCUCCGGUCUGUCAAGCUCUCGUCAGCUCAAGCUCUCCCUUCCCUGCGCUAGCUUCGCCGGUGGCAGAAGCAGACGGAACUGCAUCUGGUCCCUCGGGUGGUGGUGGUCGUCGUCUUCUUGCUUCUCACGGUUUCUGUCUCGCACCUGGUCUCGAUCUCUCCCUUCCCUGCGCAGCUGCGCUCUUCGUCGCCGGUAGCAGAGGCAACAGAUCCCGGUGGGCUGGUCUUCAGUGUCGUCUUCUUGCUUCGAGCCUUGACGUCAGAUUCUCCCUCGCCAUCAGCUUCUCCUUCGCCGUCAUCUUUCUUCGCGCAACCCGAUUUGGGUUUUUGAGGAUCCCAAAUGGCGCUGAGGAAGUUCGUCAACGAGAUCAGGGGUUUGAAGGUGAAGGAGCUUCCCAACUACAUCAAGCCCAAGUUAUCUCUCGAUUACAUCAAGAACUCCUUUAACCGUGGCUUGGAUAACUACUACACCCAGUACAUCGAAACCAGUUCUCCUGAUCCACUCUACCAUGUUUGCUUCGGCGGCAUGGUUUUGUCCUACCUCGUUAAUCUUCCCGAGGAGCGCCGCCACUACGAGCACCUCGAGCACGAGCGCCUCGCUAAGGCACACAGUUCCACCGCCGCCCACCAUUGAUCUCCAAUCGGUUCCUGGUUGUUGAGUUGGAGAUGAUCGGCUUGCAUAAUCAUUUUGUUUGAAAAUCUGAAUAAUCAAGGCUUAACAAUGCUGUUGCCUUCAAUGUAUUUCAGCGCUUAGAUGGUUAAAUAAGUUUUAUUUGAUACAGUACAGGGUUUCCUUGCAUUUAAAAUGUUAACUGAAUCUGCGAAAGGUGGACAUAUUUCUUGUUUCCCUUGCGUUUAAAGUGACAAUGGAAUUUGUGGAAGGUGAACAUA